AUGGAAAUGGCCAGAAUAAAGCAGAGAACUUGUUACUCGUUAAGGCUCGUUGACGACACUUUGUCUCUGCCUGGUUUUUAUUUUUAUUUCUGUCCAUUCAACCAGAAAUGUGAACUCAAAUUAAAAACUCUUUCAGAUAACGAAAGAAAACAAAAAGUCUCUAAUUCAACGCCAUUUUCAUGUAUUGUUGAACGUUUUCUCGCCGUCAUGGUGCAAAAGUAA